AUGCAUGGAGAACUUUGCAAGGAGUCUAAAGACAUGCAAAAUUUCAAGGAGGAGGUGAGAUCCAAUAUGCAAAACCAAGAUGCUGCCAUCCAGAAACUUGAAGCACAGAUUAGAUAUCUGUGCAAACAAGCCCCUAGCCAUAACCCUUGUAGUGCCACCAAGACAAACUCAAGGGAGGAAUGCAAGGCUAUUACACUCUGGAGUGGAAAGGAAUUGAAAGAGACUUCAAAGGAAACUCAAGAGAGGGAAGUAGAUGAAAGGCUAAGUGACAAGGAAGAAGCACGAACACAUGCUCCCAAUCCACCAGAAGAAAAAGAAAUCCUAAGGUCGUAUAUUCCAAAAGCACCUUAUCCUCAACGAUUAAUGAAGAAUGAAAAGGACAACCAAUUCUCUAGAUUCUUGGAGGUUUUCAAGAGACUACAGAUCAAUAUUCCCUUUGUUGAAGCAUUAGAGUAA